AUGCUGAAAUUUCAAGAAACUGCUAAACAUGUCGCUGUUGCCAGAUUUAAUUCUGCUUGCUCAGAUGCUAUGAUUGCAAGAAGAUACACUAUUCAGAGGAAACUUGGCAAUGGAAGCUUUGGAAGUGUGUAUCUGGUUUCUGACAGAAAAGCAAAACAAGGAGAAGAAUUAAAGGUUCUAAAGGAAAUCUCUGUUGGAGACCUAAAGCCUAAUGAAACAGUUGAAGCAAAUCUGGAAGCACAACUACUCUCCAAAUUAGACCAUCCAGCCAUUGUCAAAUUUUAUGCAAGCUUUGUGGAGCGAGAUAGUUUCUGCAUUAUCACUGAAUACUGCGAGGGUGGAGAUCUAGACUUUAAAAUUCAAGAGUACAAAGAAUCUGGGAAGAUAUUCACUCAAAGACAAAUAAUAGACUGGUUUAUACAGUUGUUGCUCGGAGUCAACUAUAUGCAUGAAAGGCGAAUACUUCACAGAGAUUUGAAAGCCAAGAAUAUAUUUUUGAAACAUAAUCAUCUUAAAAUUGGGGACUUUGGAGUUUCUUGUCAUUUGAUGGGUUCAUGUGAUCUGGCAACUACAUUUACUGGGACACCAUACUAUAUGAGUCCAGAGGCGCUGAAGCACCAGGGAUAUAACACAAAAUCUGACAUUUGGUCGCUGGGAUGCAUAUUAUACGAGAUGUGCUGUAUGAACCAUGCAUUUACUGGACACAAUUUUUUGUCUGUUGUGUUAAAAAUUGUAGAAGGUGAUACACCUUCUCUUCCUGAUAGAUAUCCAAGCAAAUUGAAUGCUGUGCUGUGCAGCAUGUUAAAUAAGAAUCCUUCAUUGAGACCAGCAGCAGCAGAGAUCCUAAAAUUUCCUUAUAUUGAUGAACAACUAAAGAAUAUACAGUCCAAGUUCACAAACAUGACUGUGAAAGACAAGGCACUCAACUGGCAGAAAGAGGCUGCUCCCAUUUUUGAUGCUGUACAGAAGAAAGUUCAUUUACAAACUCUGCAGGAACUGUCUGAAGUACAGAAAAUGACACCGCGGGAACGAAUGAGGUUGAGGAAGUUAAAUGCUGCAGAUGAGAAAGCAAAGAAGUUGAAACAGUUGGCAGAAGAAAAAUAUCAAGAAAAUAUCAAAAGAAUGCAAGAGUUCAGGUCCCGUAAUUUUCAGCAGCUGAAUGUCGAUGUCCUGCAUGAAUCUGAUGAGCAGACUUUGAAACCCUUAAUUCAUUCUCAGCCGGUCAUUGCUUGCGACUAUGUGUCCAUAGGACACAAUGAACCUAGUGGAAAUGAGACAUCAAGUCAACUCUGCAUGUCUGAACUCACAGACCAUGAGAUCCCUGAAGACCCAGAAAUUGCAGAAGAAUAUUAUAAUGAUGAGUUUGAAUCCUGUUCAGAAGGCAGUGAAGAGGAGGAGGAUGUGGAAGUGUCACAAGUGGUCUCCGAGACAACAAAUCACCAGGACAGUGAUAUUGAGGCAAUGGUCAAGUAUUUGGAGAAUGUCCUGAAUAAUAGCUCAUUGGGCUCGGGGACUGUCACCGGAGCGUCUCCACCAGCGCCCCAGGGAUUCAGAGCUCUCAACAGCACUAUGGCCGAGACCAAACUGAAACGCAUGAGGGAAUCUGCCAUUGGAAAGCUGGGAGCAGAGGUAUUUGAGGCAGUGUACAGCUAUCUCAAGCAAGCGAGACAGCAGGAUGCCAGUGAGGAGGAGAUCAGGAGACGCCUGGAGAACCUGGUUUCUAGAGCAAGUGAUUGCUUUGAAGUGGAUCAGCUCCUCUACUUUGAGGAGCAGCUACAGGCUUCAGAAGCACAUCUUCGGCUGUAA